UUCGUUCGGUACCCCAGCAACCGAGUCUUCAGCCUUUCCCACCCUCGCUCCUCAGCAUCGCGCCUUCCCACUCCUCCCCCUGCUCAAGCCCCGUACUUCCUAUCCAACAUGAGCCAGCCCUUCUUGGACGCCGUUCGCGCUCGCCGCUCCAUCUACGCCAUUGGCAAGGAGUCUCCUCUCCCAGUCGCCCAGAUCGAGGAGAUCAUCAAGCAGGCCGUGCUGCAUGCUCCCAGCUCCUUCAACAGCCAGGCCGGUCGCGUCGUUCUCCUCAUCGGCAAGGAGCACGACGACCUCUGGGAGCUGAUCCGAUCGACUCUCCGCGAGGUCCAGUCGCCCGAGCACUUUGAAAACACCAACGGCCGCCUGACCGGCUUCCAGAAGGGCUACGGCACCAUCCUCUUCUUUGAGGACCAAGCCGCCCUCAACCAGUUCAAGGACAAGUAUGCCAGCUACAAGGACGACUUUGAUAGCUUCUCGCUCCAGUCCUCGGGCAUCCUCCAGUACAUUGUCUGGACUGCUUUGGAGAAGGAGGGCUAUGGCGCCACUCUCCAGCACUACUACAAGGAUGGUGUCGCCGAGAAGAUCCGUGCUCGAUGGAACCUCCCGGACUCUUGGAAGCUCAUUUCCGAGGUCCCCUUUGGCAAGCCCACUGGCGAGCCCUACCCGAAGCAGUUUCAGCCUGUCGAGGAGCGCUUCAAGAGCUUCCACUAAACCAAUCGGUCGCUCAUUCCCCAUCUCGGCAUUUUCUUUUUGGCCUAUGCUCCUGAUCACCCUUUCGCAAAUGCGAGCCGACAUGUAUCCACAGCGUCCGUGAGGCAACUUGCUUUUCAUUGCCAGGGACUGCUGCGUGUUGGAUUUAUGAAUACACAUACAUUCACCUGA